AUGUCAGACAAGCUCAUGGACACCGAGCCCGGCGGCGAGCGCCAGAACCAGUACGAAGGCGUUCACACAUUUGUUGAGCCUCACGCGAAGGAAGCCGGUCAACUAGGCGAUCCCUCAACAGGCACCUCAGUCAACAAGAAGACCUCCGACCCCGGCGCGCCCAACACCCAAGGCAUUACCCCCGCAGACAAGAUUCGAUACGGACAAAGUAUCCAAGAAGGCGGUAUGGGUGGCAAGACAACAAGUUCAACGGGCCAAGCGAACGCGGAAGGUGGAUUCGGUGGUACUGAGGCGUUGAAGGACGAUGACGAGAAUGCGGCGAAGCAGAGGAGAGAACAAGGAUAUGGUGGAGACAAGGACAUGGACAGGACUAUCGGCGCAUAG